AUGAUGUGCCAUAUUGAUUAUUCUUCCCCUGACAAUAUAACAUCAGAUUGCCUGAACAAUUUAUUGGUGAUAAAUCACACAAAGACCACCAUUCAGCUUUAUAAGAGAAAUGCAUUAUCAUCGUUUGAAGAUGAGGAGUGGCAGAGGGUACUAUCAAACAUAGACAGUGGAAACAGGGUUCAAAUUGUGGUUGCUUUCUGGAGCAGAUUAACUGUUAACGAUACAACAAUUUAUCUUAUAUAUGAGCCAAUUGAUGAAAAAAUGGAGGAUUACCAUUCACCAAAUAACAAUGUAGAUGUUCCUAGUUAUGAAUCUUCAAGUUCUGUCAUGUCUAUCUCUCGAGUGGAACCCGUGCAGGACUUGAGCAAAUCUCCUUUGUUCUUGCAUGAGAUCAAUUCUGAGUGA